CGUGGUUUGUCUGGAGGAUGGAAACUAGGAGGGAGGUGCUGUGGAAAAAGUUUUCAGUGAGUGUUCUGGGGGCUGGGAAGUGUCUGCUCCUCCUUCCCCUUCUCUCCACACGCCAUCAGAGCCGAGGAGCAGCGGACACAGCCGUACACACUGAGCUCAGGGCUGAAGGCGGGAUACCAGCCUGUGCUUUGUCCAGGAGACGUUCUUAUUUAUAGUAAAUAAUGAAGUCCUGUCACUAUCCCAUCCCCGCUGUAGCUAUUGCCUUGUGUAUUUCUUGGAUUUUGCCUGUACAGUGCUGCAAUAAAGCCCUCUGUGCAAGUGAUGUCAGCAAAUGCUUAAUUCAGGAACUGUGCCAGUGUCGUCCCACAGAUGGAAACUGCUCCUGCUGUAAGGAGUGUAUGCUGUGUCUGGGCACACUCUGGGAUGAGUGCUGUGACUGUGUAGGAAUGUGCAAUCCCAGAAACUACAGUGACACUCCCCCAACUUCCAAGAGCACGGUUGAGGAACUUCAUGAUCCCAUCCCAUCUCUCUUCCGUGCGCUGACAGAGGUGGACGGCAUAAAGCAGCUUAACUGGAACAUUGUUUCUUUCCCUGCGGUGGAAGAGCUUUCUCAUCAUGAAAACCUGGUCUCCUUUCUGGAUUCAGUGAAUCAGCCCCAACACCAGAAUGUAUCAGUGCCUCAAAACGGGGCCCAUGUGGUUCACAGCAAUGAUAAAGAGCACAUGUGCACAGUGGUAUACUUUGAUGACUGUAUGUCGAUCCACCAGUGCAAGAAUUCCUGCACGUCUAUGGGAGCAUCGAAAUACCGAUGGUUUCACAACGCAUGCUGUGAGUGUGUCGGGCCAGAGUGUAUCGACUAUGGAAGCAAAUCCGUAAAGUGUAUGAACUGCAUGGUUUGAAGACGUGGUCUUCCUCCAUCACAGUAUUUCCUGCCCACUGUAUAAAACUCCUUCCCUUCCAUUGAGAUGAGAUCUACAAUGAAGACAAAAACUCUGUCACCACUGUCUACCCGGACAGUUAAACCUUGAGGGACAACUACUACGUAGAGGAAUGCAUAUGCAACAUUGAGUAGAUAUUAUUGGUUUUUUUAUACUCUGUUUUUAUGUAAAGAUUUUAGAUGCCCACUUCACAUUCACAUGAUGUAUUUUUAUACGCUAUGUCAAAUAGAAAUGUUUUUAUUAUAUAGUUUAUAUCUAUGUGUUUUUUUUUACUCAUGUUUUUUGAGUUCAUUUAUUACUUGUCAGACCUCUGCCCCAAACUACUAGUUCUAUUAUGGGUAGAGCAUGAAGGGCACAAGUGUUGCUAGAACUAUAA